AUGAAAAGCAGCUCACAUAAGCAGGUGAAGAAGCAAUGCAAGGAUUAUAGUAACAUUAUAAGGAUAAGGAUCCAACUACAGAGACUGAAUUCGCUCAUACAGAGGUGGCCGCACCCCUCCCUGCAAAAGGAGCUCCUCAAGGACCACAAGACGGAAGGAAGAAACCAACUUGAGGAAAUACAAAGGAAUCUCCAAGUGAUUUUUCUCUCGCUCCUCAAAAAGGCCGCACUAGCAGGCCAGAACAAGGUCAAGGAAACAGACUUUGAUUCCAUCGACAUUUUGCCCAGGCGGAGGUCGCACUUGUUGCAGCGAUUGGACGCUUUAAACGACAGUACAAAGAUCAAAGUAGACAAGACUUUUCAAGUUUUAAACCAAAAUAUAUCAAACCAAGUGCACUACUUUUUGGAGAAUUCGUCAAAAUUUGUCAACAAAUCGCAUCUUGUUAAUAUCCCAGAGAAUACUGUCGGCUACGAGUUUUUGAAGACGCGUAUUGGUCUGGAAAAGGCAAAGCCGCUAUUCCUCUCCCAAGUGUACAAUGAUCAAGUCUUUUAUGUAAAGCUUCUGAAUCAAAUUCUACAAGAGGAACCGGAUGUUGACCUCAAAAAUGAGGAGUCUCUACUAAAGAAUAAUCAACAAGAUAAAUCGAGGUUGUCGCUUUCAAAGACUUCAAAGGGGAGAAGGAUACGUUACACUGUGAUCGAAAAGCUUAAAAACUUUGUGGAACGGACGAGGAAAAAGACCUACAACUCUGAGGAAUUUACAGACUUCCUUAUAUCAUCCUUGACGAAAGAAGUGGAGCUUGGGAACAGCAAGUACAAUCUGGACUCGUUCCUAGAACUCUUUAGAGAUGAAAAGUUUGAAACUUUGACACUAAAGGCACCAAUCAAGCAUGCGUACAGAAUAAUAUCACUAUCGGAACAAAUAAAGAGGAGUGUACCAGGGGUACAAACCCACAUUGAAAUGGUAAACUUUUUCGACAAUGAAGGGGAUAGAAGACUAAACUCCAAGUUGUUGAUCAGGAUACAUCGCAAAUGA